CAGGGAGUUAAUUAGGUAGUGCUUAGUUUUUAUCUUAAACUGCUUGAGAGAGGUACAGUCUUUAACAUGAUUGGGAAGGUCAUUCCACAGUCUGGGUCCCUUGAUUUGUAGAGCAUUUCUAGUUUUUACCCUCAGUGCAGCGAUACUCUUUUAAACAUUUUAGGUUAGCCAAAAUUUAAUGUAAAUAAAAAGCAGGUCAUGCAAAUGUUCUGUAACCAGAAUUAUUAAUUUCCUACUAACUUUGUCCAUAGUAAGAGUUACAGUUCUUAAUGAUGUAUGGAAUAUAUAAAACUGGGAAUAUAUAGACAAAUAAUAAUGUUAAGCUGUUCAAGUUCUGAAUUGACUUUGUUCUACACAUUAAACUUUCAUUUCCAUAUUUACAUAUUGUAGAUAGUUUAAAUAUUCAAAAUGUUUAAAUAUAUAGCCACACUGUAGAUAUUGCAUUAUAUAGCCACAUUGUAAAUACAGUAAUAUAUUAUAAAUAGUAAUUUGGUGCACUUUAGUGUUUUAUUAUUAGUACAGAUAUAGUUGUGCAUAACCAUAAUGUGUGUAAGUUUGCACUGUCUGCAAGUUUCUUUCUUGCUUUAUGACCACGGCAACAUUAUCUUCAGUACUCUACUAUAACUAAACUUUUACUCUUGUUACUUGUUCACAAAUUUGCUUUGCCAAUUAACAUGAGUUAAUGCCAGAGUUAUUGUGUGACUAUACUAUAUGUAUAUUAGCAAACUUUGUUACUAGUUCACCAGUGCUGUAACUUGCUUAGCCAAAUGUAUACUGUAUAAGGGUUUAAUUCUGGACCCCAUUAUGUGCCUCUGUAACCUCUUCACUACCACUCACAGCAAUGGGUUUGGGGUGUAUAAUAAAUGAACUAAACAAACUAAAGUUCCUCAUGAUAUCCUGUAAAUAUUGUUGUUAUACAUUGCAUUUGAACUAUAAUAAAUACAUUAAACUUAAUGUACAGAAAGUGGAUAAACAGGCCUAAAACUAAAACUGCAGUCUUUUACUUCUUUGCCAAUUAACAUUAACAAUUAACACUGCAGUCUUUUACAAAACUACUGUAAUUCCUGCUAAAGAUGUCGGUGAGAUCAGUCUUGUCAUGUCUCACUUGUAGUACAGUACUGUAUUGUUUGUCCUGAGGCCCUGAAACUUUCCAAAAUAGUUAACGUCCUUUCGAAGGUGAAUUUUCUAUGCUUGGAUGCACAUGUCCCAAUAACAGGACUGCAGCCGUUAUGUUUGUCCAGGUGUGAUCAGGGGUGGAGGGAGAUGUCUUGAUAAUUAUGAUGGAUACAAACAUACCAUUCAUAUUGUGUGUUAUUUGCUUGAGGUCAAUGUUAAAAUCUCUGGUAAGUAUUUGUUUUGAGUUUGUAUUUUGUAGAUUAUUAAAGUAAAUUAUUUGACUACCUUAAUUAUAUAGUAAUGGUAAAUAAUUUUAGUAAAUUACCCUUAUCUGCCUCUGCAAACAAAAACAUAAAAAGGGAAGUGUGUUGAGACGGUCAAGUUAGAUUUACCUGAAUUUACUUGCAGGCCACCAUCUAACUAGUGGCCAGUGGCUUCUCAAAGGUUCCCCAUCCCCCCAUUUGUCCUGAUGAUUUUAUCCAACUGGAUUUUGAAUUGCAGUGGUGUUUUGGCAUUUAGAGUUACACUGGGUUAGGCAGUUCCAUGAAUUUAUAACCUUCCAAUUCCAAGGACCAUAGGUCUGGUAAGCAGGGGACAGAAGGCUGGGGUGAGGAUACAGAAAGCUUGAGCAGGGAACAGGAUACAAGUCAGAGGAGGGAGAUACAGCUCGGUGGUCCAACCACCGUGAGUUUGAACUUGGCAGUGAUACUGUAAGGUGUUCCUGUUGUUCACUUGCAUCCUAUGGGUGAAAAAGUAUCUCUUGAUCUUAUUUUUUUUCUCCAUCUUCUGAUGUGUGGUUUGGUCAUCAAAGCAUCUGUUUUAGUCCUAUAUUGUGGCUUGUUAAGCUUGAAGUCACUGCUCCUUGUAUGUGUUAUAUCUGACCUUUGAAAGAAGUCCUACAUAGCCUCACUGGCUUGGUGCCUUCUUUUGAUAAUUACUUUGAAAAAAGUUUUUGAAAAAAGCUUUCUGAAUCAAUAUCCUUCAAAGUGUUCAGUAUUUUAAAAUUAUUGAUAAAAUCAGCCCUGUCAUGUCUGGUUUGCAGUGUUGUUAGUCUUGUGGCCCUCAUCCACAAGAGUCUACUUAGGUCAGAGAGGGGGGGUGCACAUUCUGGACCCAAGGCAGCCGGAACCCAACACAUCCUGGUUCCUGGAUGAGCAUGAUGGAGGUCAUUGAGAGUGUGUGCAGUGUAGAGGAUAAUGGUUCAGACACCACUGAAGAUAUCACCAGCAGAGAGGACAGCGGCUCUGCCAACAAAAGAAUACGUUUGCUGGUGACAUCUGACGUAGGAGCUUCAAACAAGCUCAUCAAAGAUGUUAGUGCAAGUGAUGGAAUGACAAAUGUGUUCCUGUACAGCAACGAUGGUCAGUUGGUUCCUGCAGAAAUUGUCAUGGAAAGUGUGAGUGAAAACAUAAUAGCUAUGCCAUUAGGGACAAGCGUUGUAAAGAAUGGCAAAGCAGCAAUUGCAUCAGCAAAUGUUUCCAGUCCCUUAAGAAUUUUGAAGAUUCCUCAUCCUAUUCCUAGAAAGCAGAAGAGUGUACCUGUCAUCACCGUCCGACAAGCGAGAGGUCGACCAUCACACGCAGAUUCAAAUGUUAAUAAGCUUUUUACCUCUGUCUUGCAUACUAAACCUAGACAGAAUGCUUGUACCUCUGUCUCAAAAAGUGUAUCAUCAGAUGUGCAGACAAAAUUAGAAACAAAAUCUGAUAGUAUUGGCACUAUGAUCCUCAGUACAUCAGGUGUGCAGACAAAGUCAAAGCAAACCUCAAGUUCUCCUCAAAGGACAAUGUUGUCGACUGAAAUGAAAGUCAAGUCUCAUCUGGGUAAUUUCCAGGAUGAACAUUUGCAGCUGCUCACUGAUAGCACGGACAAGCCUUCUCAGAGUGGCAGCAAUGUUCACACUUCUCAGACAGUUAUGAUGCGAGUCAACAGUGUCGGAGAGUUGGAAUUGGACCCGAUGUUUCUUAAUACAGAAACUCUCAGCGAAUCUGAGACAGAUGAGAUGCGGCUUCCCGUAUCCACAGAACUUACAGCUCAAGAUCAUUUAACUAACAGUAGCCUUAGCAAUGUGACCAGGUCGGAAAAUGUAAGUGCUGAGGAAGAUGAUGACGACGAAGACAUGGAGUCCCCAACAGAAAGCCAGAUGGAGGCUGGAAGUUCAAGUGUGAACCAGAGCUGGUUUACAUCUCGGGAAGAUAAAGAAAUGCUACGAUGGCGUGGUCAUGCAUGGCGUCAGGGUAUGUGGUCAAAGGAAGAAACAGAGCUCCUACAACACAAUAUUGAACAAUAUUGUGCUCAGAAAGGUUUGUCCGAUCCAGGCUCUGUUAUAUUCAAGAUGUCAAAGGAGGAGCGAAGUGGCUUUUACCGUGUAGUUGCUCGAGGCCUCAACAGACCUCUCUUCUCAGUCUACAGACGAAUUAUCAGAAUUUAUGACAACCAUAACCACAUUGGCAAGUAUACCUCAGAAGAGGUUAACAAACUUAGAGAAUUGCGAACAAAGCAUGGCAAAAACUGGCAGGCUAUUGCAGCACAUCUUGGCAGGUCAGCUGCUUCUGUUAAAGAUCGGUGUCGUCUGUUAAAUGAAAACUGCAACCGUGGGGCAUGGUCAGCAGACGAGGAGGACCGGUUGUCAAUUGCUGUAUAUGACAUGGCUCAGGUGUUGCCGGGGGAGCAGGUGACAAGUGGAAUCUCUUGGGGUGAAGUGUCUAAUAGGGUAAGAACACGGUCAGAAAAGCAGUGUCGUACUAAGUGGCUCAACUACCUCAAUUGGAAACGAGCAUCUGGAGUGGAAUGGAGCAAGGCAGAUGAUAUUCAACUCAUAUGCAGGCUUAGUGUGUGUGGCGUGGGAGAGGAGUCACAAGUAGACUGGUCUGCACUAGCCAGAAUCUGGCCAGCUUGUCGCUCACCACACUGGCUGCGGGGCAAAUGGUGGAACCUCAAGAGACGUCUCCCACAGUCUUCUCAAGAUACCAAUCUUAAAGAGAUGUGUCAGCAGCUGUAUAAUAUGCAGUCUCUGAGCCUCCUCCAGUCUACACUAGUAGAGCUGCCAGCAACCUUCCUCAACACUUUAACUAAUUCCCCGUUGAUGAGCACUGCUACAUCCGGAAACAAGUCCUCGAUGGGUGUAGAUCAGGACUGCGUCUCCGUUGGCACUAUCAAAUUAUGUAUUCCAGCUGCAAAUUUUUCAACCAUGAUCAGCUCAGUUGAAAAUGAGGAACAGUUUGGAUCAAGAUUAAGUGAGCUGAUGCAGAGCGCUCUGUUGGCACAGAGUGUGGACGUGAGGGUGUGCCAGCCCACAAGUGUGGUGUCACAACCACAUUGCUUCACUUCACCCACACUGACUACGCAGGUCACCACACAACUCCCGCACCUUUCUUCCACAUUAGCAAAUGAUGCUAAACCUCACUCCAUAGUUGUGGAGACUAUGCAGGAUUCCUUGUCAAUGGACUUACCAGACGUACACAGGACGAGCACGAGUCGUACUACACUUCUUGACCAAGAUUUGGUUACAAUGAAGGAGGAAGAUAUCCUGAGUGAUGGGGACAUCAGCCACUCCCAAACUGGGCUAGCCACAAGCCUCGACCCUUCUUUCCCUGUCGUAACUUCUCAGGUCAUCCUGAAUGGUUUAGUUAGAGUGAAGGAGGAAGACAUCCUGAGUGAUGGGGACAUCAGCCACUCCCAAACUGGGCUAGCCACAAGCCUCGACCCUUCCUCCCCUGUCGUAACUUCCCAGGUCAUCCUGAAUGAUCCCAUUCUGUCAGUUUCUGGAGAGCCACUUGGCCAUGAAGAGGGUUUGCAACCAGACCAUGACGACUCUGAAAUCACCUGCCGUGGACUUUCCCAAGAUUAGUGAACUACUGAAUUAAUUUAAGUAAAUAAAACUUUCAUAAUGGA